AUGAUCAAGGAACAAACUCCUACAAAUGUAACUCCAGAAAAAACACCAUCACCUAAUGGAGACGGACAACAAAGUGGAAUUAGUAAAGUCGCUCGUGCUAGACUUCAAAAAGAUUUUGCUGAGUAUGAACCAAUUCCUGGUUGUAUAUUUGAACAAGUAGAUAAGAACGAUAUUACUAAGUUCAAACUCUCAAUUUCUCCUUUAGAAGGAUAUUAUCAAGGAGGAAAAUGGUCAUUUUUGUUUGAAUGCCCACGUGAUUAUCCUAAUAAUCCACCUAAAGUUACUUGUGUUACUCCAAUUUAUCAUCCAAACAUUGAUUUAGAAGGUCAUGUCUGUUUGUCUACUCUUAGAUUAGAUAAAGACUGGUCACCAGUUUCUACUUUAAAUCACGUUGUAUGUGGUUUACUUUCAUUGUUCCUUGAACCUAAUCCAGAUGAUCCAUUAAACACUGAAGCUGGAGAAACAAUGAAACGAGACAUCAAUGAAUUUGUCAGACUUGUCAAUAAGACUAUGAAAGGAGGACGCUUUUUCGGUAAAGAUUUCCCACGUUUCAAAUGA